AUGACUGCGAACGUCGCUCGUCCCAUCCCGCAGCGCCAGCCAUCGUCGCCGGUGACGCACUCGGCUCCACGACCGAUCCCAGCUGCCAACGGACGACGGCGCUCGGCGUCGGCGUCCAGCAGCGGGAGCCACAACGGCAGCUAUAAGUCCUCCUCGCUCUCUCAGUUCGUCGACAGUCGUUUCCUGGGUUCGUGCGCGACAACGACACCGUUCUCCUUCCUCGAGGAGGAGGAGGAGCGAGAGGCCGAGUCGGAAGCGUCUUCCCCUCCUCUCGCUGCUUCUCUCCCGCGACCAAGCUCCUCGCCGCCCUCCCCUGGACCUCUCAACGGUUCGCAGAACUCUCCUCCGACUGCUAGUCGCUCCCCUGUUGCAGCGACGCAUGGCACGAACACUCCCGCGCGCAGGACCAGCAGCAAGCGCUGGCACCGGCUCUUCGACUUUGACCACGUUCUUGGUGCCUUGGAUCCCGCUCGACUCGCUUCAGCUACAGCACCAGACCCUAUCCCGAUCGCCGUCUUUGGCGCUGAGACCGAGGAAGGCAUCGCGCUGUGCCGCCAACUUCUGGCCGCACGGUGCUGGGCCCUUGUCGCACUCAUGGUCGACGAUAGCGGCCCUGAGGCGAACGAGCUGCGCGCUGCCAACGUCCCCGUGAUCCAGGUGGACAUGGACGACCCGACCAGCUACGGCAAGCACCUCAUGAACAUGCGUGCGGUGUAUCUGUCCACGAACGGUGAGUUCUCUUCGGCUCCGAUAGAUCUGCGAUCUGCGAUCCGCAGUCGCACAGCUUUAAUGUGUCAAGCUCUUGGGAUGGAGCUGACGACAGUGCUCAAACUUCACGCCAUCCUGCAGCACCAACCUGAGCCGGCCCGCACGCAGAUUGCCCGCCAGGCGGACGCUUGCCAGCUGUCCAAAGCGCUCAACGCCUGUCAAGAGGCGAAGGUGGGGCACGUCGUGUUCCGGGUCACGGCGUGCGGACAGGAAGUCGUCGAGGGCGUGCUCGGGCGGCCAAAGAAGGUGAUGGAGGCGCAGGCCGAGCUCUGGAAGCGCGGCAUCGCCCACACUGUGCUGCACACGACAGUGCCGUACGGGCGAGUGCGUGAGUGGCUGCGGCGCGACGGUGACCGGUGGAUCCUCGAGUGCCCGAUCCCGGACGACAUCAAGAUGCCCAUGUACGCCCUCGAGCAGACUGGGCUAUACGUCAUCAACACGCUCAAGGCGCACCUCUGCAGCAAGCAGCGCCGGUAUCCGGGCGAGGACGUGCACGCCAUCGGGGAGUGGUUGACGCCGCUCGAGAUCGCGAAGAAGAUCCAGAAGAUCUCCAAGAUCCCCGUCGACACCGCACACGUCUCGCUGGCUGAGUUUGCGAGUCUCGAGACUCACGAGCGCCUCACGGUCCGAUGGGAUGCGUGGAACCAGCUCAUCACUGGGGAGUACCAGAACGAGUAUGGAGAGUACGGCAAGCAGACCCGGAGCGCGAUCACGGGCGUCGACCAGAUGACAUUCGACGAGUGGAUGUCCCAAGAUCCCGAGAUCCACCGCAUGAUGAAGCAGGUGUAG